AGGUUGCAAACAAAGGCUUAACCCAAAAUGGGUCUGUGGAGGGGUCUCUGCUGCCUGUUCCUCCUUCUGGCUCCUCAGCUGUGUUCUUCUAUCAUGCAGAAUGGAAGCAUCGUGCCUGGAGCUGGCCCUGGAAGGAGAGCGUCUGUGUAAGGCAGGGGACUUCAAAGCUGGGGCAGCCUUCUUCGAAGCAGCCGUGCAGGUGGGGACAGAGGACCUGAAGACUCUCAGUGCCAUCUACAGCCAGCUGGGCAAUGCCUAUUUCUACCUGAAGGAGUACUCCAAAGCCCUGGAGUACCAUAAGCAUGACCUCACAUUGGCCAGGACCAUUGGGGACCGCAUUGGAGAAGCCAAGGCAAGCGGCAACCUUGGGAAUACAUUGAAAAUACUUGGGCAGUUUGAUGAAGCUGUUGUUUGUUGCCAGAGACACCUGGACAUUUCUCAGGAGCAAGGAGACAAGAUAGGUGAAGCCAGAGCACUCUAUAACAUAGGAAAUGUUUACCACGCCAAGGGAAAGCAUUUGUCUUGGAACAUGGUCCAGGACCCAGGCUACCUGCCUCAAGAAGUCAAGGAGACGCUACAGAAAGCUUCAGAAUACUAUGAGAGGAACCUGUCCCUGGUGAAGGAGCUGGGGGACAGGGCUGCACAGGGCCGUGCUUAUGGCAACCUUGGCAACACGCAGUACUUGCUGGGCAACUUCAGCGAAGCCAUUGCCUUCCACAAGGAGCGCCUGGCUAUUGCCAAGGAGUUUGGGGACAAAGCAGCCGAGAGGAGAGCAUACAGCAACCUGGGCAAUGCACACAUCUUCCUUGGGAGAUUUGACAUCUCUGCUGAAUACUACAAGAAGACACUCCAACUCUCCAGACAACUCAAAGACCAAGCAGUAGAAGCCCAGGCUUGCUACAGUCUUGGAAACACAUACACACUGCUUCAAGACUAUGAGAAAGCAAUUGAAUACCAUCUAAAACACUUGGUGAUAGCUCAGGAGCUGGGAGACAGGGUGGGAGAGGGAAGGGCCUGCUGGAGUCUUGGAAAUGCCUACGUCUCCCUGGGGAGCCAUGAACAAGCUUUGCACUUUGCAAGGAAGCAUCUUGAAAUCUCCCAAGAGAUUGGGGACCGGACUGGAGAGCUGACAGCACAGGUGAACAUGGCCCAGCUCAGGACAGCCCUCGGCUUGGGCCCUGGUGAUGAGGAUGUGGGCAUGGCUUGUCCUUACUCUGGCUAUGAGGCACAAGGAGCCAGGCCCAAGAGAGUCCAAAGGAACAGCAUGGACAGCUUAGACCUCCUGAAGUUCCCUUCUGAAAAGGACCAGAAUGGGGACAGCCAUCACGUGGGAGACCUGAAGAUCUCGGGAAAAGAGUUCUUGUCUUUACCUGUGAGGUCGAAGAAAUACCGAGAGCACCAACUGGGUUUGGAGAGGAGGCCCCAAGGGCCGUGCGCAUCGCCCCUGGAUAGCAGCCAAGUCCGAGUGCAAGUGCCACAGUCGAAGAUCAACCGGACCCCUUCGGAUGAGGAAUGCUUCUUUGACCUGCUGAGCAAGUUCCAGAGCAACCGGAUGGACGAUCAGCGCUGCCCACUGGAGGAAUGCCCGUCAGAGGCUGCAGAGGCAGCAGCCACACCAGUCCCAGCCCUGGAAGAACGGAUACCACACUCCUCCCUGAUGGCAUCCCCGCAGACAGAGGAGUUCUUCGAUCUCAUUGCCAGCUCGCAGAGCAGACGGCUGGAUGACCAGCGUGCCAACGUGGGCAACCUGCCAGGCCUCCGGAUAACACACAACAACCUGGGGCACCUGUGCAUGGAGGGGGACGCCCAGGAGCCAGGGGAUGAGUUCUUCAACAUGCUGAUGAAGUGUCAGUCCUCUAGGAUAGAUGACCAGCGCUGUGCACCACCAGACUCCAUCCCCCGUGGUCCCACGAUGCCAGAUGAGGAUUUCUUCAGCCUCAUCCAGCGGGUCCAGGCCAAACGCAUGGAUGAGCAGAGGGUAGAUCUGGCCUCAGCACAAGAGGAGGCAGAAGAGGAGCAGCAAAGGCCUGGUUCCAGCUAAGAACUGGGGUUAAGUCUGAGGGGUUUGUUUUAGUUUCAUUUGUUUGGGUUUUUUUUGUUUGUUUUUGUUUUGUUUUUCAAAAAGAACUUAAGUGUAGGUGGUUUCAAACCAGAGUGCUCCUGCACCACCAGACUUCUUCCAGGAUCUGCACCUCAACUGCACUGCACUUGUUCACAGGAAGGGACUGUUUUGAAACAAGGGUUUUUUUAGGAGAUGUGGCUUCUGUAACAAUGGGCACAGCUCAAGGGAAGAAGACCUUGGCAGCCCCUCUGCUUGUCACCUAAAGCUCCAGGAACUCACACUGGCAGCUGAAGGAGGAGCAGGUACUGAAAUGCAGUCUUGAUCUUCUUUAUUUCUAAAAUACUUUUAAUAGGGGAAGGGAAGAGCACCUUUUCCAUUUUGCAGUCACAUCUGCGUCAUGAGACGACACAAGUUGUUCUGGAUCCUUUCCUGGAACAUCUUCAUCAGUUUUGUUCUUUCUGCAGAAGGAAAUGGGCCCAAAUCAGAAGCUGCAAAGGACCUUUUAAAGCUCACCCCACCCCUGGCUGCAGCUACGGUCCCCCAUGCUUUGAAGUUUGUUCUGGGGUUGCAAUGAACCUCUGCAGUGAGAGCUGUAUGCUGUCCCCUCUGCUUCCUCAGCUGCUCCUGUACAGAUUUGUGCCAGAAGCUCCAAAGCAGGAGCUGGGGCUCUCCCACUUUUACCUUUAGUGGGAUCUGGAGACCUCCAGAGAACAAGCAUGGGACAAAGCCUGAAAGGUAAGUGCCAGCUAUGCAGCCUGCAUUGCAGCCACAAGACCAGAGCUGGUACUUUGGAAAGAAGGAAGAAAGUCUUCUGCCCAUUUAUUCAGCACAGAAAUCAAACUUAGCUGAACUCGUUGUUUCUGGUGCAGCUGAGCCACAAGCCUCACAUGGGACUGUCCAGUGUGCCUAAGGCAGAAACCUGCAUCUGGCACUCACCUGCUUUGUAAGCCAGCAAUGUUUUCUGGCCGUGGCUUGUCAGGAGAGCAAGCAGAACUACCCCCUGCAGCUGGCAGUGGAGGACAAUAGCACUCCCCUCGUUUCUCCUGAAAGAAACCAGUGCUGUGCUGCUCUGUGCCCCAGCAGACCUGCUCUCAGCAAGGCAGCCCUUAUUCUGCACACUGUCUCGUCUCACACUAGCAAGAAAUGGAGCCUUGGUGACAGCUUCAGGUUGAGAUUGUUACUGGGAAGUCAGUUUCACCCUGUAUGCAAAUGCAAGGGUCUACAUUUACUUUCAUCCCUUUUGGUAAAGUUGGAAAUGCAAGCCCAGAGAAGAAGGGCAGCAGAGAUGGAACUUCAGGAGGUGGAAUGCUUGACCAGAGAGGCUAUCCUGGACUUGAGAAUGAGUUCUGCCAAAGCAGCUGUUUCCUAUAGGGAACAAAUCAGCACUUUCUAAUCAAAAUGCAUUUGACAGAGACAUUUCCUACCAGCAGUAAGAUUUUCAGACCAGUGAUGCUGCUCACCAGGCAUUUAACCUGCCUAUACUGACCAUGGGAGGGGUGGCUGCAUUUCAGCUGCUGCCAGGGAGCACUCACCUGCUGCCCAGAGUGCUGGGCUGAGCCUCUGCCUCCUUCCUGGGACAGGUCAGACAGCUGAGAUCAGGCAGGAGAAUGUGCACAGCCACGUAUAUACCUACCUAGCUUGUACCUGUAAAGAGGACAACAUUGGAGAUGAGGACAACUUGACCAGCUCCAGGCUUGGCCCUGUGCAGCUCUCAGCCAGGUGGUGAACUGGAAUCUGACCAUUAAGCUUUCAGAGGUGUUAAUUAUUUGCCAUAUACUUGAAUGUAUGAGCUUAUUUAUUUUUUACAUGUGCAUUUGCUAAUGUCAUUUUAAUGGGGGAUUUCCAACCCACAGGUACUUUUUUCUAAAAAAAAAAAAAAAAAAUAAUCUGCCAAAUGAAUUAAUAUAUUAGAAACAAAUGCAGCUCAUGGGUAAGGGAGGAUUGUGCUUAAUAAAUAUUUGUGUCUAAGCUUCA